GAGUUACACUUCCAAAACGAUUGACCUCGACCAACUGAAGAACAUGCAAAGCCGGCUUCCAUACAAUUGAUUCAAAUGUAAAAGACCGUGCAAGUUUUCUCGUGACUCGGGCCUCUGAUGCCACUCGGUAACACCUUUUACAUAAAUGGGUCCAGUGAAGAGUAAAGUAAAGCCACCCACUGUUUGGCACAGAGUGCUAAAAAACGUUCUGCUCUACCCCAGGAUCGUUGAGGUUUGACUGUAAGUAUUUCUUACAGUCACCUUUGUAUUUCGUCGAUAUUUUGCGUAGCAUAUAGCUCUACAUGAUCCUCUGAAGAACUUGGGAUCAAUCUCUUCGGCAUUUUGUAGCAUAAAUCGUAGACAUGUAAAAUCAAAAAGAAAAUAAUAGGUUAGUUACUAAUUAAGGUUCCUUAUAUUAUAUGGCAAGCUCGUAUUGUCGUUACAGACGAUGAAAAAUGUAAACUGUGAUGUCCAUCUUUCAAUAGACCUCACCAGCUGCUAACUUAAUGAAAAAGAGAGUUUGAUAGGUAUCUUGUUACACGCACAGUAUUGCAUCAUGCGUCUAUGGUCUGUAAACAAGUGAUUGUGUUUUUCGAUGCCUUGCGGCCGAUAAUGUUACGAAGGAAUGUCAUCAUCAAAUAACUGACUAAUAUUUCCUUUUGACUAUUUCUUUUCUUCCAUUACAUAAGUAAACAGUUGUGUUCUAGUAAUAGUUUUCUGACGUGAAAACGUCCAUCGUAAUUACCUAACGAAUUAAUUGUUUCUUUCUUUGGUACCACAGCAGCUACGUUUACUGUGGAUUAUUUCCUGCAUUCGGAGUAAUGAGAGCGUUACUAAAGCACCUUGUUCUAGUUGUCUUCAUGAUUUACAUUUUGAGGGUAACUGACUUAUCAUUGUCAUUUGCUGAUGGAUGUAACCAAACAAAUGUUGCUGCUCAGCAGAUAUCCGACCACUUGUACGAGGUUUUCGAGAAAAACCUAGGUUUCAACCGUCUUCAAAGCUUAUAUGAUUCUCUCUCCUGUGUUAAUCAAACCACUGAUAUUAAAAGGCUGCUUAACAGUAUAACUGAGCCUGCAGCUGCUCGACUUAGUGCCUCCGUGAAGUUCCUAAAGGAGCUCAGUAGUAGGCUACCUCAGUUGUUAACCAGGACUCAUCAUGGAAAUGUUUCUCAAUGUUGUAAGUAUUUGAACGACACCAAUAGCACAACCCUCUUCAGCGACAGACUUCGAUCCUUUGUGGAUAUAUCUACCAGCUGUACUAUCAAACAUGGGGCCUCAGGUGGCUCAAGUGAAGUCUUUAACUUCCAUACUGAGUUGUCAAAAAGGUUCGAAGACAACUUUAAAAAGUCUUCAGUGGUUGCAUGGCAAUAUUACGGUUCCAUAGACGGAGAAUACGUUCAGUACCCUGGGAACGCACGCCAUUGUGAAGGCACCACCUCAGCAAAGUUUGAUCCAAGGUUUAAAUCAUGGUACGUGGAAACAGCAUCUCCUGUUAAGAAGAAUCUUGUGAUCAUUGUCGAUUGCAGCGGCUCCAUGUGGGGUCAGAGAAUGAUUUUAGCCAAAGAUGCUGCUAUCACAGUGCUCGACACCCUGUCGCCUCAAGACAACGUCGGCAUCUUGGCAUUUUCCAGCUGGAUACAGACCCCAUCUGGAUGUUUCGGCGCCACAGUUGCGAAAGGAAUCCCUGCAAAUUUAGCUAAGAUGAAGCAGUGGACCCGGAAACUCCGUGCGCUUGGAUCCACUUAUUAUGCGAAAGCCUUCAAACACGCAUUCAAAAUGUUUGAAAAUGUCACAAGGCAGGGAUCUGAGAGAAGUAACAUCGUCUUGUUUUUAACGGAUGGGGAUCCAUCAGACGCUGAAGCAGGAAUCUAUCAAGCAAUAGAAGAAGGACAAACUACGAUGAACCACAAAGUGCAAAUUAACACGUACGCUCUUGGCACUGGCCUCUCGCGUAAAAGUCUUCAAAGAUUGAAAACUAUUGCAUACAACAACAGCGGUGUAUUUGUUGAAAUAAGAGACCAGCGAGGAGGAGUACUGGAACGAACGAUGGGCAGCUACUACACAUCAAUCAACACUCCUAUUGGUCAGAAAUCCAGGAUUUCUGAGCCUUACAUGGACCCGAAGCUAGGGCUCAUAGUAACAGUAUCUGUAGCCCUAUUUCACAAUAGGUCAUUAAAAGGAGUCCUUGCACUUGACCUUCCUCUGGAUCGCUUGUUCAAAGAAGCUCUUCGUGCGUCUUCGAAGCCCUUUUCCCAUGCCAUACUCCUGAACAAAGAAGGUGGGACUAUUUUACACCCAUCCCUCCCAAUUCCGACUGACACCACAAGCAGCCGCUCGUUUUUGCCGCUGUCGUUGUUUGAGACCCGCUUGCCUGAUGACGUUAUAUCCAACAUAACUAAUGGAGGGGCCGGCGAACAGCGCUUCGAAGCUGGGUUUUCCGUGCUACUUGGUGAUCGGCCUACAGAUGGAACACAUAUUUUCUUCAGCAAUGCCACUUAUGUCUGGAAGCCUGUCAGAAAAAAUGCCUACUACAUUGUUUUAGUAGUGGCUGAGGGACAGGCCGUUAAAACCGACUUUACUUCUUUCAAACGUACGAGGAAUGAUUCAUCAUCGUUUUACCACCGAUUGGAUUUAUCGUGGAAUGUUUCCAAUUCUUAUCCCAGAGGAAUAUGUAGGUCAAGAAAAAGUCAACUGAUUUCUCCAUCGUCUUCCACCAUUAAGAUUGCCCCAGAUGCGUUUAAUGAAUCAGAUGAAUUCAUUUACACCACUGAAACUAUCAAAGAUGUACAAAAUAUCCAACGGUUUUUCAAUGAAAAUGGCCCUCAAGCUUACUUUAAAGGUCUCAGUGAAGCGGUACGUGCUGAGGUGAUGAUGACAUCAGAAUUAGAUGACUUCUGGAAGAAAGCAGAAUUUAAGAACCCAUACCUAGUUACCUGGAGGUUUGUUGGAACACAACAAGGGGUUCUUAAAACGUAUCCUGGCAUUCGGUUGCAAAAGACAUAUUCUCACCUACAGCAAUCCUGGUAUAGACAAGCAUCUUCAACGCCUGAGACAAUGGUAGUGCAACUGAGACCUUCAGCUUACCAACAGGAUACAGUGUUAAGCUUAAGUAAAGCUAUUCCCAAGACAAGCUGUAGAGGUGUCCAGCUUAGCAACAGUCAAGCGGGAGAUGUACUUGCCGUAAUGGGGAUGGAAAUAACGAAAGACGCCUUUGUGCAGCUUAUUACUGAAAAUGUUGGUUUUGAAAAAGGCUGUGGCAAAGAAUGGUACAUCGUCGAACGGAGUGGACAGAUUUUGACGAACCUCUCUAGUUUCACUAGUCUGCAAGCUCACAAGGGACAUUUAACAAACGUUUUCCCUUGGCUGGCAAAUCAGUUAAUCAAAAAGGAAAAAAUGUUAAAGGCAUCUUGGUGUAAUGAUUACCAACAGCAUUCAGUUCUCUUGUUCUAUGAGCUAAUUGAUCCCGCUGACGGAGUCUCGUCAAAAAAUUCAGAUCCCUGUCUUCAGUUCAGCUUAAACCAAAUACAAGGAACGUCACUUUUCUUGCUCAGUCUGCCAUCCAGAAGUCUGCAUAACUGCACUGACCGACAUAUAGCACCAAAUGAGGGCUGUUUCUGUAAGGAGUCUUGCAGGGUUUGCUCAACCAAUGCUGAGUCAGAUUGUCAGUGUCCUUGCUCAUGUCACAUGUCAUAUGAUGAGUGUGAAAAUUCUGUAACAAGUUUGUGGACAUCAUCGCCUUGCCCAGUCUCAGCUCCCCCGCUAUUUGACACAGAAACUGAAGACGUUACUUUGAAGAGUGCAUUAGCCUCUGUGCCCAGAUGUGCCCGAGACUGCGUUCAAAUAGCGAACAUAAGUGAAUGUGGAAACACUUUAAGCUGUCACUGGUGUUCAGGCCGAGAAGUUCCAUCAUGCAGCUCAGAAUGUAGAACAGGUCAAAGUUUGUCGAUGCUUGUCCGUUUUCCUUGCCAUAACUUCACGAGUUUACCUGUUGAUCAACAAAACACUGUUAAAUACCUAUUGAAGACAAAGUUACUGCGACUUGUAACCAGUAUCUCUCCCCUUAACAUUGGUCUUUUACAGCUGCGGAAGGAUGGAAUCAUAGUUAAAUUACAAUCAACAGCCUUAAACAGUGAACUGAAGACCAUUCGAGAAACCAUAGAACACUUGGUAAAUCAAGGUAGAGUUGUGCUUGGACCUGCUGCCAAUAUACGCGCAGUUUACACCGCAAGGAGUCCUCGUGAAUUUACAGAUCUUCAUAUCUUAUUUACCUUGGACCGAGCUGUACCACAUCCCUCACAAGACAAAAGCAACGUUGGGGCCCAGUUGGAGUCGAUCCUCAGUAAACUUGUGGGAAGCUCACAAGUCAGCAGAAUUCGUCGCUUAAGCCUCAACAAGACAUCCAUUCGGUUUUCCUUAAGCAACGAGGGUCAGACUGACCUACAUCCGAUCAAAACAAUAAAAAAACGUCUUGAGCACCUGGUAAAGCUGGGAAAGAUAUCUUUUGAAGUUUCACUUAUUGCUGAAUCUGCUGUAAUGACUGAGGUCUCAGUUGUAAACAUUUCUUCUCGCGGCACUUUCGAUUUUUUAUGUCAGCCUUACACUGCAGAGACGACGCCAUCACAAAGCACCCUCCAUGCUGAAAGCAGCACAAUUUUGAGUGGAACCAUCUCUCCCUCCGACAAAAACGACAUCCGCGAACAAGGCCUCACCCCUGUGGUUAUUGGGAUCGUAGUUGGAGUUUCUGCGUUCGUGGCGUCCUCUUUACACUGUGUUUUGUUUGUGCUGUGCAGGAGGGGACGACGGGAAAAGAAAAAGAGAACAGUGUCCCCUGAAGGAAAUAUCGAAGAUGAGUUACCAUCAGAUUUUUCAGAUCUGUCAAAAAUAGAUACUGAUAUGCAUAUUGCUCUAAAUAAUGUUAACACCACUUAUGAGCCAGCAAGGGUUCAUCUAUCGCCUAGAGAGGCCUGGGCUAGAGCAAGAGAACUAACAAUUCAGGCACCAAAACAACUUCCACGAGGGGCGUGGUUUUAACACGUACAAGUAAUUUUAAACUUCGGUUUCUAGCAAGCCACGGAUCAUGAUGUAAUAUUUCUUGGAAACGCAUUAGAAAUGUGUUGGAUGAA